AUGACGAUCGACUACUACCACACGAUGGGGUCGCCACCGUGCUGUUACAUGGAGAUGUUGUUCGUAGCGCUGGGCAUCGAAUCCAAAAUCAAGUACCACUAUGUCGACGUUCUAGCUAAUGAUCAUCUCAAACCGGAAUAUUCAAAGAUAAACCCACAGCACGCUAUACCCACCAUCGUGGACGACGGCUUCAUUCUGUGGGAGUCUCACGCGGUCUCCAAAUACUUAAUUGACAAGUAUUGUAAAGGCAACUCUCUUUACCCUGAAGACGUUAAAGCGCGUGCGAUCGUCAACAUGAGACUGGACUUUGACCUGGGGACUCUUUACCCCAGACUCAAUGAGUUUUUAUCUGCGCACUUCUUAGAAGGGAAACCGCUGGAAGAGUCGGGUGUGAAAAAGAUACAGGAGGCGCUCGGUUUCAUAGACACGUUCCUAGCGGACACCAAGUACGUAGCUGGCUCGGAGCUGACGUUAGCUGAUUACGGUCUGGGGCUUACUACGUCAUGCAUAGAAGCCGCCAACAUCAGCUUGAAGGAAUAUCCCAAUGUUGUCAGAUGGCUUGCCCUCUUUAAAUCAACAGCACCCCAGUACGAAGCUAUAAAUGGAAAGCAUCUGAAAGCUUUGUUUGAUGGUCUGAAGAAGAAAUGA